AAACCAUUUACUUAGUUAUAUAGGUUACUUUCGGAAUUAUACACUUAAAACACUUGUAAAUUUUACCCAUAAAGCUACUUAGCCAAAGGUAUUGAAAAUCAGCUGCCAAUCAAAUGUAAAGGAAUAUUAUAGGAAUAAAUAUAUUCGACCUUUGUUUUUAUAUCUUUGUCUAGCGGUUAGUGUUUCCAAGUCUUUUCAUGUGUUGUAUCAAUUUCCUGGGUGUUUUUCUGAAAUAAACGAACUAUGUUGUGACGAGUAACAGUUGGGAUCAAUUAUAUGUUAAAUGUACAAAUUAUCCUAUAUGAAACCAUUCACGCCUAUGAUUAACAGUUUACAAAGUCAAACCCAUCAGGCUAUAAGCAGUGGUCAAGGUCAUGAUCAUGGAGCUGAACUGACAACAUCUAAGGAAGAAAAUGGUGAACGUAUAGCAAUUAUGAAAGGUUUUGUAGCUUUGGGUGGUGUAUAUUUCUUUUUCAUGGCUGAGAAAAUAUUAAGUUUAACUUCUGAAUAUCGAGCUGAAAAAAAGCUUGAAAAAGAAGAUCGUGAAAGAGCAUUACUUAAUUUACCUGUAGCUCCAGUAACUCGUCGUCUAAGUUCUGUAAGACCAUCUAUAGCUCCAAGUGGACUUUUAGCAGUACCUGGACAAACUAGAAGACUAUCACAACUUGAUCCUACAUCAUGUAGAAGAGCAUCACGUGCUAUGUCUAUCGCAAAUGAAGAUGUAUUUGUUACGGGAUUAAGUAGUAAAGCAAUGAAAUCAAUCGACAUUCUUUACAGCUAUGCAGAGGAAUACGAUGAGCUUACAAGAAGAUCUUCACAGGAUAUUAGCGUAGAUCAACCAUUGGUAAAACAUGAAUUACAAUUGGAUCUUCCUGACGGAAAAUCAAAGCAAAUUAAUGAAGGGGACAGCUCAAAGAAAGAUAUACAACAACAACAACAUCAAGAAAAUCUUGCAAUAAAUUUACCAAAAAUUACAAUAGCAAAUGAAAAUGAGACCAAGACAAAAGAAUCAGAAAAACAGUUACGUAUCGACUUACCAGAUCAUCACCAGGAAGACGUAAACACAUCUGAUCAUGGACAUGGUCAUAGUCAUGGUCAUUCGCACGAAGUUCCAGAAUCUGUAGCCGCAGUUGCUUGGAUGGUAAUCAUGGGUGAUGGUCUACAUAAUUUUACAGAUGGGAUGGCUAUCGGUGCUGCAUUCGCUCAAAGCAUUUCAGGUGGUCUUAGCACAAGUGUUGCAGUAUUCUGCCAUGAACUACCGCACGAGCUAGGUGAUUUUGCUGUACUUUUAAAAACUGGUAUGCGGAUUAAAGAAGCAAUGUUUUUCAAUAUUAUCUCAUCAAUUCUUUGUUUAUUUGGAAUGUUAGUUGGUAUAGGUGUUGGCAAUGUAGAAUCGGCAAGUUACUGGAUAUUUGCAAUUACUGCUGGAACAUUUAUCUAUAUUGCACUUGUCGAUAUGUUACCUGAACUGAAUUCAGUUGAAUUGAGACCAGGUCAAACACGUAUUGGUCAAUUAAUGAUUCAAACAACUGGUUUAAUAACUGGUGUUGGAAUUAUGCUGGUUAUAGCAUUAUUUGAAGAUUCUAUUCGUGUAAUAGUUGAUUAAAAUUAUUAUUAAAAAAAAGUGUGCAUUUAUAUUACAUAACAUGAUGAACUCUUAUUGAUAUAUUGUGACCAUAUGAACUAUUAUAUCUAUUAUCCAUUAGUGUAUUUGACUAUGUAUUGAUGAUAUAUCUCGAAAAAAAUCAUUAUACUACUUACUGAUCUUAUUUAUUUCAUUUAUAUAUGUCAUUCAUUUUAUUUCAUUAUUUCAUUCAUUGAGUAUUACCAAUAUUAUCUUUCUAUUAUGAAUUGGAUAUUUGGUUGCUUUUCUUCUUAUUAUUAUUAUUCACUUAUCUAUUUACUUACUCAUUAAAGCAUGUAAACAAAUAAACUAUCCAUCUAACUAACUAUCUAUCUAUCUAUAUAACUGGAAAACUGAAUUACAAACUAGUAUACAUUUCGAAUUCACUUAACAGUAUAACUACAUUUAUUUAUUUGAACUUAUAAAUAUUGGUACAAAUGGUCACCGAAUAUACAUGCGCCAAACAA